CCCCUGUCAAGUUCGGUUACAUAUUUCUUGGCAUACUAAAUCGCGACAACCUCACUAAUCGCCGUGGUCUCUCAACUCAUCACAAUCAACACAACUGUGUCACGAGUCGAGACCCAACUUCUACAGAAUACCGAGACCAGUCCACAAAGCAUCACGCAUGUUUUGAUGAGUAGAUCUGCCAUCUGUGUACCAGGAGCUGGAUGUUGUAACGCGAGGAGGUGACGUUGCAAACAAGACGAGCUUGCUAUUAUCCAACACGAUGCGGGACUCGGCGGAGGACAACACAUUACUCUCGAAGGAUCGCAUGGAGCCUGCUCAAGAAAAAGAUGUGCCAUCAAAGCUUUUCACGGGCUCCAGGAGUGCUCGGAUAUGGAGCAAAGCAGUGUUGAUAUCAGUCACGGGACUGAUCCUCUACUGCACAUUCGGCAUGCUAUUCGAUAAUCUUCUUUUGAUUAUCACUGCUGGCACCAGCAACUCAGCAGCACUGCCUGGAACCCACGGUGACGGGAAGGAUGAUCUGGAGGCACUGAAAAAGACCCCAACGAGAGUCCCGCAGUACUUCCAAACAAGUCCUGAACUCUGGGCUGGUCCUACUGCCACGGGAAGAGCACCAUUUUUGGCGCAGACGAAUGUUGUCUCAUUCGAUCCAACUGCCACAUUUGUCCCUAAUACGCCUCUUGAGACAGCAAUACCGAUUGUUGGACAAAACCAGAAUCAAAGCAUCUUUCAACUGAUGGGACAGCUGUCUCCUUAUUUUCCUAAUCCAUCUGGAUUUGGGGUAGCCGAAUACCCGCUACCCUCUGGGGCCAACAUUACUCAGGUUCAUAUGCUCUCUCGCCAUGGCUCCCGGUAUCCUACAUCGGGCGCCAAUGUUCAUGCCUUUGGGCUAAAAAUUGCAAACCUCACAGGCAAAUUUGAAGCAUCAGGAGAGCUUUCGUUCCUAAAUUCUUGGGUUUACGAAUUGGGUAGGGAGAUUUUGGUCCCAAGAGGACGACAAGAAUUGUUUGAAAGUGGUAUUUUGCACUACUAUCAAUAUGGACAACUGUAUAAUCCAAAUAGCAAGAUCAUCGUCCGAACAACAACACAAGAUCGGAUGUUAAAAAGCGCGGAGUACUUUGUGGCUGGAUUCUUCGGUUUGGAAUGGACUAAUAAUGCGACCAUCGAAGUGAUUAUCGAAGAACAGGGCUUUAAUAACUCCCUCGCUGGAUACGACAAUUGCAGAAACGCGAACACUUUCCGAAACCAAGGCGGUAUGAAUGCGACAGCAGAAUGGGUAAAUAUUUACCUCCAAAACGCAACGGAACGACUACGACCAUUGGCCAAAGGCUUUGAGUGGACAAUCGAAGAUACUUAUGCGGCACAGAAUAUGUGCCCCUAUGAGACAGUUGCGUACGGAUAUAGUGUAUUCUGUGAUUUAUUUACCUACGAUGAAUGGGUUGGAUUUGAAUAUUCGCUAGAUCUAUAUUUUGCUGGAAGCUCUUCGUUCCAGUCACCAACGGGUCGUGCAGUCGGUCUCGGUUAUGUGCAAGAGACUGUUGCUCGCUUUAAGAAUCACACGCUGGGCUACUCGGGGUCCCAAAUCAACACAACGCUAGACUCGAACGAGGAGACUUUCCCUCUGAACCAAAGCCUUUACUUUGACUUCUCACACGACACCAAUAUCAUGAGUAUCCUAACUGCCUUUGGAUUUACGCAAUUUAACACUUUCCUUCCCCCGUCACAUUAUCCUGGUCCUCACAACCUGACCGUAUCUCACCUUGAGCCAUUCGGCGCCCGGCUUGAUAUCGAAAUCAUCCAAACACCGGCACCGUUGAAUGCGCAGAGAAAAUACGAAAGUGGAGAACAGACAACUUAUAUCCACUUCAUACUCAAUCAGCGCACGCUGCCUCUUGGCUUGAAUUUUGCGGAAUGCGGUACAGACCGCUUGGAUGGAUGGUGUGAACUUCAGACGUUCUUGAAGACGCAGGAGAAAGCCGAGGAGUUAGCGAAGUAUGAUCUAGCUUGCAAUGGAGAUUACGACGCUGUGACGUAUGGGGAGAUUGUUGACGGUGCUCCAAAAUCAUAAAGAUAUUUAGAGCAGGGAAGAUUGUUGAAUGUAAGGUAGAUUGGUGCUAGGAAUAAUACCCUAGACCCUUGUUUUAUGUAGUAAAUUUCAACGCAACAUGGGACACUUUCUCGCUUGUGCCUGCUUUCGUUCUCGUAUCUCGGAAGAUUACCACGACGGAGAGUGGAUGUGAUUCAGACAAGUUGAUCGACGUGUUCGCCGACCGUCUUCAUACCGGUUUUCAACACUCUCAUUGAGGAAGAGCUUGCGAAUGCUGCCUUGGCAACACACGAAACUGGACGUCAAAGUUCAAGACAACGACGCCUGGCGAACUGUGGAGACCAAACUAUUUGUUUCUCACGAGUCAAGCCGUUCGUCCACAUCCCAGGAAUUUGAUGGGCGGGAGCACGUUCCCCUCGCUGCGAGUGCAUGCACAGCCCAUCCCAGUGAUUCCCAUUGCCCACAGUGGGCCACCUGCGAUACGAUUUGCGAUCGGAUCUGCCAGAAAUGUCACCCGUUGGCUCUGUGACGAAGAGGAGAAAGGCUGGGUUCGUGAGAUCAUGGGUUCUGGCUCUUCAGGGGGACUGACUUCGUGAAUGAGGCUAGGAUGCUAAUCCUAACACUAACACUUCGUCCAAGCAAACCUCGCUUGUUUGACAUGCCCUGCAUCCCUUGCAAAUCGGCUAUGCAAUGGUUCUUCUUAGCAGUUCGUCGUUUUCUGUCAGAUCUCUGCUAGCGAGCUAGACAAGGAGCUUUGGGCUGCAACACUGGGCUAAAAUGGCCUACUUGGUAAAUUGGCCAGUAGGGAGCAAUAGCGCGGAGACGUAAGCUGCUGUCGUUCAUCCCUCAGCACGAUAACCGAGAUAUCUAGGAUCAGGGUCCAGCGUCCGGGAAUUCGGAUUGUGCGGCAGUCCCUUGUCCCUGCCUUAAUAUGUCGCUUUUAUAUGGGGUUCAGACUGAUGGGCUAGGCUGGAGAUUGCUUUAUGUCCGAGAUCUAAACAGCUACCUGGUCAUCCAGAGAUCCUCUGUCUCUCCAGCUCGAGUGGGAGGGACGCUGAAUGGGAAAUUGCAUGUGUACGGAGGUAGUUCCGUCUUUCGAACAGUGAUUCAUACUUUUGGUCGAAUGCAGACACCGCUGAAGAUGGGAACAAGAAGUUGGCCAGGACAUGGGCUCCGAGUGAACCAAAUACAGAGUUAGCACAUGUCACCUUAGACAAACCCACAUAGUUUCGGCAUCUAUACAUCGGCAAAGGUUUGACAGGCUGGUAGUUCAAGAUUGAAGGGCUGCCAAACAUCUACAGCCGGCAGACAGCGAUUGUGGUAAAGUUAGAUUUUAAUGGUCUUUCCGAAGGCUAGCGAUGGUAAUUUACUAGGCCAACCCCAUCUGAGAAGUGAUGUUCGUAGUUCGCAGAAAUCAUCGAGCACAGCUGAGAAACAAAGCUCGCCAAGGUAUGGAGCACCCAGAAACUUACCUUAAGUACGGCGCAAUGCCGCUUGUCUCGAGACUCCAUAACGCGAUCGAUAUCGUACUCCCAUUUUGACAUCAUUGAUCGGUGGCAGACCUUGCUGAUGAGGAUUAGCGAGCUCCGAGACGAAUUGUUUGAGAUCAAGUCCAGGGUUCACAAUGUGCUGUGGGACGUUGCAGUCCAUUCCUGUCGAUAUCAAAAUGAGAUCGUGGGGAUCCGGGUUACGCAUGUUACAACAACACUGCAUAGUGGUCGAGCCAUGUCCCC